GAAUUUGAUAGAAAGCGCUUCUAUAUAGAAAUGAAAAAGGAGGGUAAUAGAUCUAAUACAGGAAUAUGUCCAUCUAAAUGGAGAGUUAUAGCUGAAAUUCAUAAAGAAAUAUUUCCAGAAAGUGAUACUAAACCUUUUACUCAAAAUCAAACUUCUCAAAUUAUCAUUCAAAAGAGUAAUAAAAAGAAUAGAGACUAUAUUACCCAGGAAGAGGCAGACAAAUGGAAAGAACUUGGUCUAGGUGAAUGUCUUAAAACAGAAAACUUGAAUGACUGUUUGACCCUCUGUCAUGAUCUUGAACAAUACGAUUUAGAAGCA